UGGAAUACAGUUACAGAGUACCAGACGCAUAUGGCUGCAACGGAGAUGUAGGCCAAUAUUCGUUGUAAAGAAUAAGAACAAAGUACAGGAAGAGGAUGAGGAGAAACAAAUAAUGAGUUUAAAUAUUUAAUUAUACAAAAGUACAAUCAGGAAAAACUUUUGUAUUGGGGGCAUGUUUCGAUGUGGUUACGUAAAACGUAAAUUUAACUCUCUUUCAACUUAUGUUUUUGGGACGUGAAUACGAGAAUUUAAGUUUAAAAUAAAGACCUUUUGUAUCCUUAUUGGCGAUACGCGAUAGUCAGACCUUGGAUUACUCUUUGGACAUGCUUCUUGUUUUGUUUUGGGCUCUUUAAAUGUAAACAUUUUGUUUUAUUGUUUGGUUAUGUUAGUUUUGUAGAAUUUAACUGCAUCGAAAAAUUUAAAUCUUUAAAUAAACCUAAAUGGGGACACAUAAAUAGAUAAAAAAAUAUAUUUUAAAAGCUUGGGAAACUUAAAUGCUUCAAGAGUGAGCUAAAAAAUAAUUAAAAUGAUAUUUAACAGUUUUGGGAAACGUAUGAAUUUCGCAGUCAUAGUUUAUACGCAGAAACGACUGAAGAACAGAAGCAGUACACAUUGGUCUGUGUUGGCAAAGAAGAAAUUUCCCAAAGACAAAGCUCUCGAGCACUUUGAUGACUUCUACAAAACAGUGUAUGGGAAAAAGUGGCCCUCAAUUCGUUUGGCACUGCUUUCACCCCACAAGUACUGUGCUCUGGUGAACAACUUUGGUGAUACAGAAGAUAUUUUAAAACAUUUUCAGAACCAAGGCGCCCUGAACGUCAGAUCUUUGUUUGAACUGGAAGAUGACCGGAUCAAGGAAGACAGAAGGUUGAAGAUGAGGCAGAAGGAAAUGGGCAUAAUUCACCGGCUGGACCAGGAGACAGAGUCCAUGCUCCUGAAGACAGUGCAAGAGGAAGCGAACCGGGAUGAUUCCGGAGACGCGGUCGUCGAGUCUUCGCCCGAUCCCGAGCCUGCCCUGGAGGACAUCGUCUCGGAGACAUCAGAGAGCCACCCGCUGUCCCUAUCCGCGAUCUUGAGCAAGGCGGAGUUCGACGUGGAGCGGCUGAUAGACCCCUCCGUCGGACUGUCGGCGUCCACCCUGCACGAGUUUGUCCCUGCCACGAAGCUGAAAGGCCUGGAAGAGAUGAUCCCAGAGUCGGACCACUACAGGUACUACAGCAAAGACGCGGACUUCCCCGUGAAGUCCGUGAAGGAGCACAUCUUGCCAUUUCCUCCGUACCUGCAGGUUCUGGCGUACGAGCGGGGAAACAUCACAUCCUUCCCCUCGCCGAGACGGGCUUCUACUGGAGUUUUCAACUACUACCUGCUGGUUGGCUGCUCCCUGCUGCCAGUGCUGGCUCUCGGCUUGGGGCCAGGGGACCGGGUGCUGGACAUGUGCGCGGCUCCCGGGGGCAAGUCCCUCGCCGUCCUGCAGACCCUGUACCCAGAACUUCUUGUGUGCAACGAUGUCCAGGAGUCCCGAGUCAAAAGAAUCCGCUCGGUGUUCGAUCAGUAUUUGUACGAUCUGCCCAAGUGGCAGGACAGACUGAGGAUAACUCAGGAAGACGGCAGGUGUAUAAAUGAGCAGGAUGUUUACAACAAGAUACUUGUUGAUGUGCCAUGCACAACAGAUCGUCAUGUACUACAUGAAAAUGAUAACAACAUAUUUAAGUCAACAAGAAUCAAGGAAAGGCUACGGCUGCCUGAGAUACAAGCAGAUCUGUUAUGUAAUGCACUGAAGCUAGUGUGCCCUGGUGGAACGGUGGUCUACUCAACGUGUUCGCUCUCGCCCAUACAGAACGAUGGUGUCGUGCACAUGGCGUUGCGCAGAAUCUGGCAGGAAACCAACAUAGAGCUGGUCGUCAGUGAUUUGGCUCCGGCUUUGCAACAGACCCAGGUGUUAUUCAAAUUAGGGAACAACGUGGGACUUAAGUAUGGCCAUUUGGUACUGCCAUUUCUACCUGCAAACUUUGGACCAAUGUAUUUCUGUAAAAUAGUCAGAGUGAAAUAAAAUGGUAUGUAUUUAA